GUAAAGGACCUGGAGCUAAAGGAGCUGGUUGGUAUGAUUACCCUGGUAGUUAUGGAGCAGGAGGUCCCGCCGAUGGUUGCUGGUCUUCGUGGUACGGACCGCCGGGUCCUGACUUCUUUGCUGGUGGGAAGGGUCUGUUUGGAGCAGGUCCUCCAGGUGCUGCACCGCUUCCGCCAUGGCUCGGACUUGGAACGCCACUAGGACCGCCACCGGUUGCUCCACCCUUCGGAUUUCCACUAGGGCCUCCACUUGG